AUGGGAUCUGCCUCCACAGUCACUGCUGAAGAAGAGGAGCCCAUUCGCGAACGACACUCUCUGCCCAUCGCCCGGCUUCAGCCGCCCAUUUUGCCCAAAGGGGCCGUCCUGACAAACUUGACGCCGCUGUUGUCGGUGGAGGAGUACACAAAGGAAGUCAAGGAGAUGGAGGUGCAGCGGAUCGUCAUCCGGCCGAUGGCAUAUCAGCCGCCGGUCGACGGGCCGACAAUCUCUACGUUGACGGCCGAGGUGCAGCCGCUACCGCAGCCGGAGUUGACAGUGACGGCAGAGACGCAGGCCGACGAGACAGCACAAGCCAGCACACCAAAGGCUCCACAAGAAUCAACAGCACCACAAGCGUCCGCAUCCGCGUCCGCGUCCGGCUUUGACGUCUCGACGCUGCUCGGCCCUGACCUGUCCCGACCCGGCACAAAAGGCUCGUCGUCCAGAAUCCGCACGUCGCUCACCAGCAACAACAACGACUCCGCCUCGACACUGGCACCGCCGACGCCAGGGUCGACGCCGAGUGAUGGCCGCGGCAGCUUCGACACCGACCGAACGUCCGAGGACGGCUCGGAACGGGACUGCGACACGGAAACCGAGACCGAAAAGGACGACCCGGCCGCCGACUAUGCCGACACCGACGACGAGGUCGACGUUCCGCUGCCCCUCUUUCUCGUCCGAGACGGCCAGGCUGACGACUUGCUGGGCACCGUCGCCGACGAGGACGAUUUGGCCUGGGCCGACGUGGCGCCGCCCACAGCGCUCAGUGAGAUUCCGGCGUUGCCCGGCGGCGCCGAGGUGCCCGAGCUGCUGCGCGAGAUUGUCUCGUCGUCGCUCGAGAGCGUCCAGGCGCAGCUCGCCGUCGCCGUCGCCGAAAAGGCCGAGCGGGACAAGGUCAAGGCGGCCGAGGCCGAGGCGGCAGCAGCCGCCCGCGCGGAAGAAAAGCGGCGUCGACAGGAGCAGCUGGAAAAGGAACGGCGCGCCGCGGCUGCCCUCAGCAAGGGAAAAGCGCGCGAUACGGCCACGCGCCACAUGCCCGAACCCAUCGACCUGCGGCCGCCCCCACCCGUGACGCCGGCACUGCCCAAGAAAUCCAAACGACACAUGUUUGCCUCCCGCAUGCUGCGCCACGUGCACGUCCUCGGCGGGAGCAGCGACCGUGGCGAGAGCAGUGCGGCCGGAGCAGCCGCCGCAGCCGAGGCCGCACAGGCCGCACAGGCUGCAGCAGCACGGGCGGCGCUGCAGCGGGCGUACGAACAGGCCCAGCUGCGGCAGUUUGGCGAAGGCGACGGCUUGGGUGCGGGCGCGGGUGUGGCGAAUCGCACCAACAGCAGUGUCAGCGCCACGUCCGGCAAGCCCAUCAAGAGACUGUCCAACAAGAUGGCCAGGUCGUCCACUCGGACGCGGCAGCAGGCCUACGAGCAGGCGAUGCUACGUACAUUGGAGGGCAGCUCGUCGAUCGCAACACCGGCUGCCUUUACUGCCGUUGGCAUCACCGACGACGAUGCGACAACAGCGCCAUCACCGACCACGACCCUCCCCGCCACGGCGCCUCUCCCGACACAGCGUCGCGCCGCUAUGCUUCUGGCCAUGGUCCGCAAGGACAUGGAGAAGCAGAAAGAGCCGGCCCCGCCGCCCACAAUUGAAUGCAUCUCCUGCUUCGAAGAUGUUCCCCGCAAGGAAGCCGUCCAGACCGUCUGCCACGCGUACUGUAUGGACUGCUUCCAGCAGCUCGUCACCACCGCCCUCGCCAACGAGGCCCAGUUCCCGCCCAAGUGCUGUCUCAACGAAGUGCCCAGUGCCACCGUCACAAAAUACGUGCCCCGCGACCUCGCCCGCCAGUACAAGGACAAGGUCGACGAGUUUGCCAUGCCCAUCGCCGACCGCGUCUACUGUCCCACCGUCGACUGCGGCGUCUACGUGCCGCCCGCCCACGUCGCCAAGGUCGCCCGCAUCGCCCGCUGCCGCAACGGCCACGAGACCUGCACCGCCUGCCGCCAGCCCGCCCACGGCCGCGGCGCCGACAACCGCGAGGCGUGUCCCGAAGCGUCCGCGCAAGACCGGCGCGACCAGCAGCUGGCCGACGAGCUGGCCGCCGAGGAAGGCUGGCGCCGCUGCAUUCGCUGUGCCGUCAUCAUUGAACACCGCGAGGCCUGCCAGCACAUGACCUGUCGGUGCGGCGCCGAGUUCUGCUACGUGUGCGGCCUGGUCUGGCACACGUGCCGCUGCAGCAUGGACGACCUGGCCCGCAUCAAGAGAGAGGCCGACGCGCGCCGCGUGCAGCGCACCGCGCGCGAAGCCCGGGAGCGCGAGCGGGUGCGCCGGCAGGCCGAGCAGGCCGAUGCCGAGCUCGCCGAGCUGCGCGACGCCCUGGCCCAGGUCGCCGCCUUUGAGCAGCGCGAGCGCCAGAAGCUGCAGCGCAUCCAGCAGGCCCAGCGGGCGCGUCUGCAGCGCCUGCGGCAGCAGCGGGAGGUCGAACUGGCCGCCGAGGUGGCCGCCAAGUACGACGCGCUGCGGACGACGCUGGCGCAGCUGGGCGCCGCGCAGGCGAUGCACGCGCAGCAGGCCCGCCGCCAGGAGCGCGUCGCCCACGGCGCGCAGCAGACCCACGACGCCGCGGACGCCGAUGCGCGCGUGGCCCGGCGCCGCGAAGAGACGGCCGCCGCCGCCGCGGCCAAAAUCCGCGCCGCGGAGCAGCACUGGAAGCAGGACUAUGCGGCGCGCACGGCCCUCGAGGCGCGGCUCGAGAGCGAGUACCGCGGCCUCCUCGAGGCCAACGCCGCCUGGACCGGCCGCGACGACCACGCGCACCUGGUGGCCCGCGCCCUGCGCGCGUACCAGCGCACCAACGACGCGCACCUCGACGCCUAUGUGCAGUGGCGCGACCGCGAGCUGGCCCACACCACGUUCUUGGCCGAGGAGGAGCGGGCCGUGUGCGACGAAGUCCGCGACGCGCUGCGCGCCAAGCACACGGUGCAGGCGCGCAAGGACCGCCGGGCCCUCCAGCGCAGGCACGGCGGCGAGCGCGUGUGGUGCCGCGCCGUCGUGGCGGAGCGCGCGCGGCUGCUGGCCGAGAUGGAGGUGGUCGAGCAGGGGCUGGGACUGGCCGGGUCGGCGUCGGAGGCGGAUGCCAACCUGCUGAUGCUGCUGGACCUGGAGGAGAACGGUGGCCUUGCGGGCGAGAACAACGACAACAACAACAAUGACAGCAGCGGCGGUUUGGCCGACGACACAGAGAUGAGCCACCUGUACGCAGUGAUGCUCGCCGACAUUGCCGGCACGGUGGAGGACCUGCAGCUGACCGACGACGAGGUGGUGGACGACCACGAGAGCUUCUACAGCCUGUACGCCGACAACAAUGGCAACGGCAUUGGCAGCAGCAGCAACAACAACGACAGCAACCCGCCGGCCAGUGGAAGCAGCCGUUUUAGCGUGGAAUACAGCUGGCCAUUUGCCGCGGACAAUGGCAACUGA